GUUUGUCUACGUGUUCCAAGUUUCCCGAAUUGUUUGCGUAUGCGUUUGUUUCAUGCGCCUUUAUGAUCAGUCGGAUUUAAUCAUUGAUGAGAAAAUUGUGCUAGUAAAAAUUUACUACUAGAAUCUUAAUUAAUUAACUGAAAAAAACAGUUUGACAUCAUGCCCGCAGCACCAAGUGCAACAUCUGUUGGGGGAGCUAGCAGGUCUCCUUCAAAGGCAGUAGCCCCUAGAUCAACAAACGGAAGCACCGUUAGACAGAGGAAAACAACCACCACAACUGCUGCUCGCAGCAGAAACACAGGAGCAGGUACUGGUGGUAUGUGGAGGUUUUACACAGAUGAUUCUCCCGGAAUCAAAGUAGGACCAGUCCCAGUUCUAGUUAUGUCCCUUCUCUUCAUAGCCUCAGUAUUUAUGUUACAUAUCUGGGGAAAAUACACUAGGUCAUAGUUUUUUAAAAUAAAUAUCAUUCCUUCUUCAAAAUCAUUAUUUAAAUUGCAUUUUUAGGUAUGAGUUAGCAUUAUAGAUUUUCUAUUGUUAUGAAAACAAACAAAGAAAUAAAAGGUUUCUUAGUA